UUUUUUUUAAAAAAAAUGGAUAUAAAUAUUACAACUGAAGUUGGCAAUAAUUCAACUCAACUUUUCGAAAAUACACAAGGUAAUUUGGUAGAUUAUCUUAUUUGUUCAUUAAAAAAAACGGUUCCAGGAAACCAUAUUUAUAAAAUAUACGCGUUAUCAACUUUACCUAAACCAAAAACACUUUUUAAAUCACAAGAAAAAAAGAGUUAUGAACGUAAAAUAUUACUACUUUUAUCAGAAAAGAAAAGUUCAACAAAAGAGGAAGCACUUAUGACAAGUAUAGAAGCACAUGAAUAUUAUAUGAUAGAAGAAGAAACAUUAAAUAUAUAUAUUUCAAAGGUUGACACUACAGGAUGUAUUAUUUCUACUACUGUAAAAGAUAAAAAAAUUAGUGCUACUAAACAAUUAAUUUCUUCAUACAUUAAUUAUCAUUUAGAAGAAAAAACACAACCAAGGAACAAAUAUAUUAAUGUACAUAUAUUUGCUAGAUCUCAGCCACAAUACUUAUUUACUAAAUCAUCAAAUAAUCUAAAAAAACAUAUAUUGGAUGAUACGGGUUUAUUAAAAUGGUGGAAAAAAGUUUUAGGACAAGCAUUUACCACUUCAACUAGUAAUAAUUUACAGAAUGUAAGAAAAUGGUAUUAUAUUCCAGGAUAUGCAUCUGAAUCUAAAGCAAGAUCACUUAUUAAAGAUAAUAAUAAUGAUGAUUGGAUUUACGGAUACCCAUAUAAUAAUGAGAGUAAGGUUGAUGAUGUUAUACCAAAAUUUGAUGAUGAUGCCAAAGCUAGAUGGUUAGAUCACUUAAAUGAUAAUGAAGAUAAUGAUGAAAAUGAUAAAACAAAUGUUAAAGAAUUUUGGGAGAUUAUUAGUAUUGGUGGAGAAUUUUCCGGUGAAAAAAUUGCAGGAUUUUUUUGGGUUAAUGUUGAACGUUCAAAAAGCGAAGAUCUAAAAAAGGAAGAAUAUGAGGCCGUUAUAUUGGAGAAUUUGAAGGAAAAUGUUGGAGGUAUUAUGGUUGAGGAAGAAGAAUUUAUAAGAACUUUACAAAAAUUCUUUGAAUUAGAAUUUUGUAAUGAAGAAAUUACUCUUAAAUCUAGUGAAGAUUGGAGCAAAAUAUUUGAGGAUUUAUGUGUACAAAAAGGAAUCAAUGAUGGUGUUGUAGAAUUCAAAGUAGAACAACCUCAAAUUGAAGAUAAAGAAACCUCACCAAAAUCGAUUGAAAUGAUUGAAAUGGAGAUUAAACCAAAUGAUGGUACUGUUCAAGAAGAAACGUCUAACAAUAAAAGAAAACCAGCGAACCCUGUUGAAAAUAAUGGGGUUAAUGUUAAUGUAUUAUCAUCAUCUCUUAUUAAAAGAGUUAAAAGAGAUAAAAAAUAAUAAAAACCAAAGUCAUGUGGCACGUUAUAAUUUUACGUCGAUUUUUUAAUAUUUAUUAUUUAUUUACUACAGAUUAUUACUUAUCUAACAUAGUAGCUUUACAUAUUUACAUCUAACUUGUCUAACUUGAGUAGCUUUACAUAUUUACAGCAUCUAACUUAUCUAACUUAAGUAGCUUAUUUACAUCCAUCUAACUUAUCUAACUUAUCUAACUUAUCUAACACAUAUUUAUAUCUAACUUAUCUAACUUGGUAGCUUUACAUCUAAAUUUACACUAUUUACAUCUAAUUUUAUAUUU